CGUUUCAUAUUUAAUUUAGUAAAAUUGCUUGCUAUUUAUAGACAAAAUACAAUUAUAGCAUUAUCAUCGCCGUCAUGCCACAAACAUUUCUAAAAUAGAAGUCAAAAAUAAAUUAAGCACAAGCAUGAUCGUUGACAUUAUUUCACAAAUUAAAAAUAAUUUAUUCAUAAGUAUGUGACCUAUGCACUUCACCUUGAACAUUAUUCCUUCGUUUAUUGUGCAAUCAAAUAUUCUUAAACAAUAUAAACCAAAUGGCUACUAAGAGGAAACCAAUUCAUUCGAGCCCGCGGAUGAAUUUUCGUCCAAAUAUUGGUGAAAAUGCAGAAGCCAAAGGAACAAAACCAACAGCACCUCCAACUUCUAUGUCUGAAGUGUUAAAUUUAAUAAUAUUACAUCAGUGUAGAAGAGUUAUAUUUUAUAAUGUGAAUCUUAAAGUUGGUAUAUACUUAGCAGCAGUGUUCAUUAUUUCUUUAAUAACGGACCAUGCUUCAAUACCAAGGACCUACUUCUCUAGGUCUAAUAAUAUUUUUAACUUAUAUUUCGUUAAAAUAGGCUGGCUGUGGACAUUGUUACUAACAGUCCCCUUUAUACUCUUAACCGCAUAUACUUAUUGUUGUGGUAAUAGAAAACAAAUAAUGAAGAAUCACUUAUUAAGACUUGGCAUAGCCACUGUAUUCUGGCUGUUUUUUACCAAAUCUUUUAAUUACAUUGAAGUACAAUAUGGAUAUUGCAAAGUAAAAGGUUUCCUUACAAAGUCUACAUGUUUAAGGAGUGGGCACGUUUGGAAUGGAUUUGAUAUAAGUGGACACACAUUUUUACUUAUAUAUUCCAGUUUAAUACUUAUGGAAGAAGCUAAAGCGAUUAUUGGCUGGGAAAGUAUUAGAGAUCAUAUUAGAAAUGAGGAACAUUUCAGAGCGCAGCAACAGCUUCAAGUAAGCUCAAAUCCACUGAGAUAUUUGAAUGAUAAUGAGCUCUACACCUUAAAAACAUCGUACAGUAAAGUAACACCUUAUAUCCGAUUAUUGUUCAUAUCAAUGACAAUGUUACUUGUACUAUGGGAUGUAAUGUUAGUUUCCACGAUGCUUUAUUUCCAUAUAAUGAUUGAAAAAUUUGUGGCAGCGUGUCUGGCUAUUUUGGUAUGGUAUUUUACUUACAGAUAUUGGUUUGCGCAAACCAAAUUGCUACCAUCCAUGCCAGGAAAUGGUGCAUUCAAGUAUCAACAAAUUAAAAAACAAAUGCCUACAGUAAAUAGAAAAGCGUCGAUGACAAAUUCUUCAAAUGGUAAGGCUAUUCCUAAAUUUAUGGGAAUGCCAUUAUAUGUACCAAGGAAUAUUGACGAUAAAUGUAACGAUAGUACAAAUGAAUUAAAUGUGCAAUAGUAAAGGAAAGAUAUAAUAUUAAAAUAAAUGGUGGAGUUAUACAUGACAAUUACUUUUAAAAGACAUUGUGUGUGUACUUUUAAUACGGGAAUAGUUAUAAUAUAUUUUUGUUAUUUAAUAAAUUAUUUAGAUGGUUAUACAAUAUUUCGAAAAA